ACCCCCUUACACAUUGCAGCGAUCAUGUCGGCUAAGGCAACAACCCUUCAAGAGCUCAAUGCUGUUAUAGCACAGAAGAAUGCUCCUGCCAUUGCCUACUUCCGCGCUUCCUGGGCCCCGAUGUGUACACAGACGGACGCGAUCCUGAAUCAGCUCGUGAAGGACUGUCCCAACGUCAUCUUCGUCUCGAUCGAAGCUGAGGAGUCAGAGGAGAUUGUCGACAAGUAUGAAGUCUCCUCGGUCCCAGCGUUUGUCAGCAUUGAGGGGGGGAAGAAAACUGGAAUCAUUGUCGGCGCAAACGCUCCCGAGAUCUCAAAGAUGGCAGUACAGCUGGACAAGAAGACCAGCAGCAGCACACCUGUCACAACGCGCUCGGCCGACGACGGCGCAAGUGCAGCACCUCUCCCGCUGAACCAGCGCCUCGAGAAACUCGUUAGUCGAGAGCCCGUCAUGCUCUUCAUGAAGGGAGCUCCCGGCGCUGAGCGCUGCGGCUUCAGCAGACAGAUCGUCUCGCUCCUGGACCAGCAGGGCAUCAAGUACGGGCACUUUGACAUCCUGGAGGACGAGGAGGUGCGGCAGGGGCUGAAGGAGUACUCCAAGUGGCCGACGUACCCGCAGCUGUACUCGAAGGGGAAGCUCGUGGGAGGGCUGGACAUAGUCAAGGAGCUGAUUGAAGAGAACGAACUUAAGGACACCCUCGGAGCUGGUGGAUCUGACCUCAACUCAAGGCUACAACAGCUCGUUAGUCGAGAGCCCGUCAUGCUCUUCAUGAAGGGAGCUCCCGGCGCCGAGCGCUGCGGCUUCAGCAGACAGAUCGUCUCGCUCCUGGACCAGCAGGGCAUCAAGUACGGGCACUUUGACAUCCUGGAGGACGAGGAGGUGCGGCAGGGGCUGAAGGAGUACUCCAAGUGGCCGACGUACCCGCAGCUAUACUCGAAGGGGAAGCUGGUGGGAGGGCUGGACAUAGUCAAGGAGCUUGCAGAGUCAGGAGACUUGAAGAGCGAGAUGGGGAUUUAG